AUGUCCGGUUUGUCAGAAGCCAGUUCUGAGAACUUUGCGAGAUCUAUGAUUCCACUCUACCAUAACGCCUGCGUCACAAUUCGAAUCAGUUCUAGUGACCACGAAUACAAAGUCUCGAAGGAUCUUCUCUGCAGAGAAUCCAAAUAUUUCUCAGCAAUGUUCGAGGGCAAAUUUAAAGAGGGAGUACAGCAGACAGCAAUUUUGGAAGAAGUCGAAGGAAUCGUUUCGGUUCAAAGCCUCGAAGCUUUCUUACAAUGGAUAUACCUCGGCAAAUUCAAAUUCGACUUGAAUCAACUCGAGCACCAUAUCACAGCCACAAUCGAACUGGCCCGGUUUGCAGAUAUGUGCAAUGUAUCUGAAAUGGCAACUCAAAUUGGUCAGUACCUGAAAGAUAUUCUGGUCGCCAACCCGUGUCUUGAGCAUGCAUAUGGGUUUUCUGGGUUCCCUGUCGAUACCUGUUGCCUCACAUCUCAGCACAUCAUUUCGGCGACUUUCUUGCCUCAAGGGCACGUAAUUCGCCGCAUUCUAGCUGCGGUAUCAUCAAAUGACUACCUUCUUUGUGAAAAUCACAAAUUUGCCGAAGUGGCUAGAGAAUAUCCCAACUAUGGAUUUGACCUUCUCCAAGAAGUAGGGUUGGCCCUCAAAGGGCUGAGGUUGGAAAAUAGAUAUGCCAUUCAUAAAGAUCCUAUCACAGGCGAGACUCGCAGCAUCCACGGGUUUCGUUCAUCUUAA